CACACAGCCACGGGCAGAGUGUCUGUCUGUUGUGUGUGUGUGCGGUGGGCAUUUUCUAUCCCACCUUCCUUCCCACGAGAACACGAGCAGCCAAGCGACAUCUGUUUUCUUUUGCUGAGUCCACUGCACCGCUGCGUCUCCUUCUCACCUCUCGUCUGGUUCUUCUGUUGCGCUGUUGACUGUGGGCCAACACAACCAGCACAAUGACCAGGCCGAACAGCUGCUGGACUGCAGGGCAUGCGUUGGGGUUGAUGCUUUGCAUCGUGUGCUCUUGCAAGCUGGUGGAUGGUGGGGCUGCAAAAGUGUACGGAUUUACCUCGUUUGCGCAGGAGUUCAAUGUUGCCUGCCCGAAUGGACAGGGAUUUCGUGGACUUCGCUCCAUUCACGAGAAUGAAUAUGACCGCAAGUGGAGGUUUUUGUGUGAAGAUGUUGGAUAUGGACCAAAUGACAACGUCGCUAAGUUUGGCACACUGGAAGACCGGAAGGAGAACUACGAUCAUCCACAAACCGUAGUUUGUCCUCGGCACCACUACUUGGCAGGGGCUCUCUCAAAGUUUCACGGGCAUUACAGCGAUCGGCUUUGGAUCUGGACAUGUCGUCAGGCUACAGAUGCAGUGCUCUCUAAUUGUCAGAGAGGUGACUACGUUAACAAUUGGGACGAACAGUUCAAGUUCAUAGCUUCGGAUAAUCGCGUGAUCACGGGCGUGAACUCCUAUCAUGACAACAACAAGGAAGACCGUCGAUUUCGCUUCACCACCUGCCGAGUGGACUGUUCGCCGUUCUACGAGCAGCAUGACACGGGAUGUGUGCCGACAGAACUUAAGCCGUCGCCUUCGCCCUCCUACGAUGAGCACUUCCAGCAAACUUUCUUCGUCACAUGCCACAACAACCAGGGCCUGGUCAGAGUUCGUUCUGACUAUGACGAGGGCCAAGGGGAUCGCAAAUGGCGGUUUCAAUGCGCGCCAGUCGGAAGUACUCAGGUGGCAGACUUGACCGAAAUGAGUACCGCUGGCGUCGAGGACCUGCAUGGCGCCGUCAACAUGAUAUGCCCCACAAACUACUAUUUGCGUGCAAUCCAGUCUGGUUUUGUCCAAGCAAUGAAAGAUCGGUUGUUCAAAUUCCAAUGUCAGCGCAUCACGGGUGCAAUUCUGACAAACUGCCAGCGACGCGAGUUUGUGAACCCUGUUCACGGCGCCCUUGACGUUGACGUGGAACGUCAUCAAGUGAUUGCUGGGCUUGCUUCGAUGUACUCUGCAGUUGACGAGGACAGGCGGUGGCACGUGACAACGUGUGAUGUAUCGUGUGCCAACGGCUUUACAUCAGACGGUGCUCGAGGCUGCAUUGAAGCGCCAUGCGGAAAACUGGUUCUCCAAGAUGGGAUUCUUUCAGGCAACUGUCAAGGACGUGUCGGUGAUGAGUGCCAGUACAGCGGCUGCAACCUUGGAUAUCGGCUGUUGAGUCCACCUGUGACGCGCGUUUGCCAGGCGGAUGGCUCAUGGACGAACACGGCACCAGUCUGCAAACGCAUUGAAAGUUGUGGACCCCAGGUGCUGCCCAAUGGUCAUGUGAUCGGUGCCUGUGACGGUGGCAUUGGUGACGCGUGCACAUUUUCUGGAUGUGAGGAUGGCUUCAAGCUGUCGGAGACAGGCGUGACGCGCGUGUGUCAAGCCGAUGGCACCUGGAGCAACUCUCCGCCACACUGCGAGCGUGUACCAUGUAAACCACUGACUCUACAACACGGCCAACUUGUUGGAGACUGUGGCGGUGAUUUCGGAGACACGUGUGUUUAUCGCGAAUGCAAUGAUGGGUACAGCAUGUUGGUGCCUGUCGGACCUGAUGAUCCGGUGAAAAGCGAGGGGACUGAGUUCAAACACGCCACGUCCCCCGUGUCACGCACGUGUAUGGGGAAUGGCACGUGGAGCAACGGGACCCCGAUUUGUCACCGCACUCCGACCACCUGGUUUCAUCACAUUCCGAGCAUCUUUUGGGACACAAUGCAAAUCCUGUGGAAGGAUAUCACUUUGGUUGUCGAAGGAACCUGCCACGCUAUGGACAAACUUCAAUGCUGGCUCCAGAACGUUGACACCCGUAUUGUCUGGGCUGUCGGCAGCACGUGUGUCCUGAUGUUGCUUGGUCUGUACUGGUUCGAUGCCCCUCUCCCAGCAGCAAACGAAGCUGCUCAGAACAGUGGCACAGCCCGAGCACUCACAACUUGA